CUCUCCUCCUCACAUUUUUUCUCAUGUUUAUACCACACAGUUCUUUGCUCAUAUAAUUGUUUCUUCAUCCCCCUGCUUCACCGCCAGGAUUCAGACCUCUUGGUGAUCAGCAUUCUGGAUGAGAAUGACAACAGGCCUAUUUUCACCAGGACCAGCUACAGGGCUGAGAUCACAGAGAACUCUGCAGCAGGCAGUACUGUGACAAUGUUAAAUGGGCCAGUUCUGGCUGAGGAUAAAGACAUUGGACCCAAUGCUGUGGUGAAGUACCGCCUGCUGGGACCCAGGGUGGACCUCUUUACUGUGGAUACCAAUACUGGUGUAAUACUUGUGCGUCAGGGGGCGAGGUUGGACCGUGAGGCCUUUCAGGACCCUCGAGUGGACCUGUUCCUGGUUGGGGAGGACAUAGGAGGUUUAAACAGCAGCGUGCCUCUCACAGUUACCAUCUUGGACCAGAAUGACAACCCCCCUGUCUUCAGCCCAUCCAGUUUCAGUGUACGACUCCCUGAGAACAGCCCCACGGGUGUGGUGGUGACCCAGCUGUCCGCCACCGACGCCGAUUCAGGUUCUAAUGGCUGGCUGAUGUAUCGGCUGGAAAGCGGAGCUCAGGACCGCUUCGUGGUUGACUCGCUCUCCGGCGCUGUCCUGGUGGGCAACAGCACCCUCGAUAGAGAAGAGCGUGGAUCCUACCGCCUGGUCGUCAUGGCAACUGAUCGUGGCACACCCACCAUGUCAGGCACAGCCACCCUGACAGUCAUCCUGGAUGAUGUAAAUGACUCACGGCCCCGUUUUAUAGAGCCUAUCACCGUGAUAAACGUCAAUGAGUCCACACCGCCUGGUGUGGUAGUGGCCACGCUGACGGCUGAGGACCCUGAUCUUAAUCCCCGGCUGGAGUAUUACAUCAUCUCAGUGGAGGCAAAGGAUGAUGGGAAUAACCCAGUGGAUGGUCUGCAGCAGUCUUUUGGCAUAGAUUUACACACUGGUGCAGUGUUUGUACGCAACCCGCUCAACAGAGAGCUGGUAGCUACGUUUGAGAUCAUUGUGUCUGUUCAUGACAAUGCCAGUGAUGUUAUUGACAAGUCAGUCAGUGUUCCCAACGCGAGACUAACCAUAAACGUGUUGGAUGUAAAUGACAAUGCUCCUCGUUUCCGGCCCUUCGGAGUAACCAACUUCACAGAGAAGAUUUUAGAAGGAGCUCAGCCAGGUACAACACUGCUAUCAGUAUCAGCUGUAGACCCGGAUAAAGGCCCCAACGGCCAGGUCAGCUACCAGCUGCUCCACCUGCCCCGAGGGGGAUACGUUAGACUGGAGGACCCUUCCACUGGUAAGAUUGUAGCUAACCAGACGGUGGAUUUCGAGCAGAUACAGUGGUUGAAUUUCACGAUUCGGGCCCAGGACCAUGGCACUCCUCCUAGGAUGUCCGAGCUGCCAGUUUAUCUGCGCAUAGUGGAUGUAAAUGACAACAACCCUGUCUUCCUACAAACCUCAUAUCAGGAGCCUGUGUUUGAGAGUGUGACCCUGGGCACCACCAUACUUCGUGUCAGAGCAACAGACGAUGACUCUGGCCUCUUUGCUGUCAUUGAGUACAGCCUGGUAGACGGGGAAGGCAAGUUUGACAUCAAAACAUCCACUGGAGAGAUCUACAUCCUUUCUCCUCUGGACAGAGAGACAAAGGAUCACUACACUUUAACUGCUGUUGCCCGUGACAACCCUGGCGGCAGCCCCAACAACAGACGAGAGAACUCUGUUCAGGUCCUGGUGACAGUUCUUGAUGUCAACGAUAAUCAGCCACGCUUCAUUGAGCAAGUGUUCAACAUCAGCGUGUUUGAGAAUGAGCCCAGUGGAACAUCUCUGAUCACAGUGAGGGCCAUUGACCUGGAUGAAGGACAAAAUGGAGCUGUACUAUACAGAAUGCUGGGACUCAAUUCAGAUGCAUUCUCCCUGGAUCCAAACACAGGGCUGGUGCGCUCUCGCCGUCUGCUUCAGUCUUCUGAACGUUUCAACCUCACUCUGGUGGCUACAGACCAGGGGCGUCCUCCCCUAUGGGGCACUGCAAGCCUGAUCAUAACGGUCAUAGACGUCAACGACAACAGACCAGUGUUUGUCAGGCCGGCCAACGGAACCAUCAUUCAUAUUUUAGAGGAGCAGCCCCCAGGCCUGCCGGUGUAUGAGGUGCAUGCGACAGACUCUGACUCUGGGGUGAAUGGAGAGGUCCGUUAUGCCUUCCUGCAGACUGGAGCAGGUAACAGAGACUGGGAAAACUUCCGCAUCAAUGCCAUGUCUGGAGUCAUCACCACUACUGUGAAACUGGACCGAGAAAAACAAGCCCUCUACAGCCUUAUCAUUGUGGCCCGUGACAUGGGCCAGCCAGUGCCUUAUGAGACCACACAGCCUCUACAGGUGGCGCUGUUGGACAUUGACGACAAUGAACCCGUCUUCCUCAAACCACCGCGUGACAGCUUGCCUUACCAGAAGCUGACAGUGCCUGAGCACUCCCCACCAGGUACUGUGGUGGGGAACAUAACCAGAGCUGUGGAUGCAGAUGAGGGCUCCAAUGCCAUCGUCUACUACUUUAUUGCAGGAGGAAACAGUGAUGGAAACUUUGGCUUGAGUCUAGAUGGAGAGCUUAAGUUGUAUAAGGAUCUGGACCGGGAGGAGACCCCAGUCUACUCCAUCAUCAUCAAGGCUUCCAGCAACAGGAGCUGGACUCCUCCAAGAGGACAGAGAGCAGCACGGGCCAAAGCCCUGGAUCCUGCCCGCGACCCAAGCCUGCUGGAAGUCCACAUUGAACUGGAAGACAUCAAUGACCAGACACCACGCUUCACUAAGGCGGAAUACACAGCAGGAGUUGCUGCAAAUGCCAAAGUUGGCUCAGAGCUGAUCAAGGUUGUGGCUAUAGAUAAUGACAUCGGCAACAACAGCCUGGUCCAGUAUCAUAUUGUUACAAUCCGCUACUUCCAGUCACAGAGCAAUGGCAGUGAGGACGUUGGUAGCAUCUUCACCAUCGGUUUGACAGACGGUAUCAUCCGAACAUAUGACCUCUUCACGGGCUACAAUCCAGGCUACUUUCAGCUAGAGAUUUUGGCAUGCGAUUUCGCUGGACACAGCACAACCACAAAUGUGAAUAUCUACAUUCUCCGAGAUGACCAGAGGGUCAAGAUAGUCUUCAAUGAGAUUCCCGAUUGGGUCCGCGAAAACCAGGAAGAUUUUAUUACACUGCUGUCAAACAUUACUGGAGCCAUUGUCAACUUAGACGACAUACAGUUCCACGUGGACAAGAAGGGCAGGGUGAAUUAUGCUCAGACAGACAUGCUCAUCCACGUUGUCAACAAUCAGACCAACACCAUCCUAGAUGUAGAAAGGGUUAUUCAGAUGAUCGACGAGAACAAGGAGCAACUUAGAAACCUGUUCAGGAAAUACAACGUUGUCGACGUUCAGCCCGCUGUCAGUGACCAACUGCCCGACGACAUCACCACACUACAGCUAGUCAUCAUUAUCCUGGCUGUGCUGCUGUGCUUGGCAGGAGUUUUGUUUGUCACAGUGAACUGGCAUUAUCGCAGAGAACACCAGAGGAAGCUGAAAGCCAUCGUUGCAGGAUCAACAGGGAACCAGGGUCUAAUGGAUGUCCUGGACAUGCCCAACACUAACAAGUACUCAUUUGAGGGGGCAAAUCCAGUGUGGCUGGACCCAUUCUGUCGCAACCUGGAGCUGACCACUCAGGCUGACCAUGAGGACGACCUGCCUGAGAACCUGAGUGAGAUAACUGACCUGUGGAACAGCCCUGCACGCACCCAUGGCACAUUUGGUCGAGAGCCUCAAGCGAAGCCCGACGAUGAUCGUUACUUGAGAGCAGCCAUUCAGGAGUACGACAACAUUGCUAAAUUGGGCCAGAUCAUGAGGGAGGGGCCUAUCAAGGGUUCCCUGCUCAAUGUGGUCCUGGACGACUACCUGAGGCUGAAAAAGCUCUUUGCAGCACGACUCGUCACCGUGUCCACCAGCCAGGGGGAUCACUCGUCAGUCACUGAGCUGAUCCAGAGCGAUCUGGACGAUGAUGAGGACGAGCAUCUGGGCAUAGGAGGGGUACGUGGCACUCUGCGCCUCAAGCACAAGCUUCCUGUGGAGUUGAAGGGACCUGAAGGUGUGCACGUGGUCCAUGGCAGCACAGGUACCCUCCUGACCUCUGACCUAAACAGCCUGCCAGAGGACGACCAGCGGGCCCUGGCACGUUCUCUGGAGGCACUAAACGCUGAUGGGGGACUUUAUUCUGAGCGCAACGCCCGCACAGAGUCGGCCAAGUCCACCCCUAUGCACCGUCACAAGGACGGGGACAUCCUACUGGAGAGUCCCCUGGAGAUCACAGAGUUAUGACUAGCCGAGGCCUCGCUGGUCUGAGCACAACCAUGACUCGUGUGUGUUCUUGUGCCUCUACACUGCCUCCGUGACAAGGUUGGGGAGGAGUGUGAGGAGUGUGUGUAGUCUAGGGAACAUCAUCAGCCAACCUCAGUGCAUCAGUGAGACAGCCUGCAAGAGGACUUUCUCACCAUUGGGUUGGUUUGAGUUGGUCUCAUGUUGAAGAUGGUCUCACGUGAGGUGCUUCUAGAGAAGGUUCAACUGACCUUUAAGAACAGGAAAAUCAGAGCACUUCUCCUCAGCGAGACAAAACCAACUGGUGUCAUGGACUUUCAUCCAAAGAGCUGAGUGGAAAAGAGAGACUAAGCCUCCCUGUGGGAGAAGCUUGUUGAACCAUGACCUUUUAAUAGUCAAAAUGUGCCUCAUUCCACCAAUCAUUUAGAAGUCAUACCUGGACUUCAUACACUCGCUCACAAACACAAACACACACAAAAAAAUGACGCAAAACACACUCAGACCAGCGGAUGGCCAUCAAUGGGACAGAAAACAUGACACAAUUCCUCAUAAUGUCCUGAUCUUUCUUUCUAUUUGCAAAACAAUGCAUCAGUGUUGAAUGAGUGCGGAUGGGACAGUAAGAAUUUCCUCUGUCAGAUUGUCAUUUUGUUUUGGGGAAAUUAUAGAUGGACAUUUAACGCAGACAUUAGAAGUUCAAAUAUUUCCCCCAGUGACGCUUAUAGAGUGGCGUUUUCACCUGACACCAAGAAAAAGAGGGGCCAUUGCCAUUGUGCUAUUGUUAAAGUACGGUAGUAGUUUGAUGAAAGAGCUUUUUUUUUUUUUUUUCUCUCGAAUCAAUGGCAAAAAGACAAAACACUCUCCGGUCUGCAGGGCAGCAGUGAACAUUCAGACGCUGAUCCAGCUCAGAUCCAGAGUGGUCUAAGUCAAGUCAUGUACAAGGAGAUGCCCCACUAAUAACUGAAAGACUUCUCAAAUGAUGAAGUUGGUGAAAGGAGACACAUGAAGAAGACUUUGCAUCUUUUCUGAGAAAUUUGAUAUUAAAAGUACUGAAAGAACACCUGGGUACAGACUUAGAUGGAAUUUAAAAAUGAAGGUUUGAAAUUAUGAAUUAUCCAAUUUUUAUAGACAUAAAGAUGGCAUUGUGCCCACAGAGACUUUACACUGCCACCUGAGGGACUAAAAAAGCUCAAAAUGAGUAAUGUUUGCUUUAUUUUUUUAUUUUAUAAAAUAAAAAAAUGUGAUGGAAUUAAGAUAUUUUUGAAGAAAAAUGCUGGCUUACCAAAAUAGGUAGGGUAAUAAUUUUGGAUGUUUGGAGUAUGUGUAUGUUGUGCUAUGGUGACAUGUUCGGUUUUCCUUUAUAUGACAACUGAUGCUGUUUUCUGAUGAGUGGUGUGUUUUUAUGAUUCAUUUUUUUAUAUUCCCAUUUUGUAUGUUUUUAUUUCUUUGUCAUUAUUGUCACCUGUCCUGAGACCUGUGCUGGGAAAUGUUGGAUGAUCUGUGAUAAUAAAAUAAAUAUGCAACGGCC